GUGUUUGUAGUAAUCAUAUCCGGGUGAAAGUGUCAACUUGCUUUUCAUCACAUCACAUCUAGGCUAGUUUAUGUGAUAGUGUCGAUAGUAAUGCCUCUAAUAGUGAUGUGUGGUUACCCCUGUAGUGGUAAAACACGAAGGGCAGAAGAACUGAAGGUGUAUUUUGAACAUAACUGUGACCGAAAGGUUCAUAUUGUGGGAGGUGAAGCCCCGCACGUUGAGAAAAACGCCGUCUACGCAGAUUCCCAAAAGGAAAAAAAUCUCAGAGCGUCCCUGAAAGCUGAAGUAGAAAGGAAAAUCAACAAGGAUCACAUUGUAAUUUUGGAUUCAUUAAAUUACAUUAAAGGCUACCGAUAUGAACUGUUCUGUCUCACCAAGCACGCACAGACGCCACACUGUCUGGUAUACUGUUUGACGUCAGAUGAAGUGAGUUCAACAUGGAACACCGACAGAGAUCCUGCCGAGCAGUACACCCAGGACAUCUUUAAUGCAUUAGUGCUGAGAUUUGAAGCUCCAGACUCCAGAAACCGAUGGGACAAUCCCCUCUUCACCAUCCUGAAAGACGACACGCUUCCGUAUGAAGCCAUUUGUGAUGCACUUUUCAAAAGAAAAGCACCCCCGCCGAACCAGGCUAUGCAGAGUCAACCGUUGUCAUCCGCAAACUUCUUGUACGAGUUGGACAAGAUCACGCAGGAUGUCUUAAUGGCAAUCUUUAACGCACAGAAGACAAGUGUUCCCGGGGAUCUCAUUUCAGUUCCAGGAGCAACAGAAAAGGUCGAGCUCACCAGGAGCAUCAACAUGGCAGAGCUCAGGAAGCUACGGCGCCAGUUCAUCAGCUACACCAAGAUGCACCCAACAGAGAAGAGCGGACAAAUUUCCAACAUGUUUGUGCAGUAUUUGAACAAGAGUCUUCACUGACUUUUGAUAGCAUAGGUUUAAUUUUUUAAUCAUUAUUAGUAUUAUUAUUAUUAUUUUCAAAUAACAAAUAAAUAUAUUUAAAUAUU